UCAAAAUUCAAUACGAAUCAGUUGGAAAACGUCCUUCGUGCGGGUCGGUUAGUGUAACGGUGGAAAUUCGGUCCCAGAGGAAAAACUGAAUCCUGGCAUGCCCCAAAAGUAAACAACAACAUUCGCAUAGACAUUCGGCGAUAAUUAAAUAACAUCUGUGAAUACGCCACCCGAGUGAGAUUAAACUGGUUAAACUAACUGGUCGAGAAUCGCUGGGGGAUUUCUUCGACGAUAACUCUAAAAAAGUGUAACAGAAUACCAAAAACAUCACGAUCCCCCGGGUUCAAUGCUUUGCCUAUUGCUAAGGGCAGGGGCAGAUAACCCGCCGAUAACGCGGUUGUGGUUCAGUGGCAAUUUGCAUUGAUGAACUGUGAGCGCCACUCGUCGUGCAUAACAAAAACCAAUCCGCUCCGCCGAUAAUCAGAGCCCCAGGACCCGAGCCAUCAACAGCUCAGCUCAAUUCAGCUCGACUCCUUUCGAUUAUAUCCUUUGAAGUCCCGGCUCUCGGUGUGCGGUGUGUCUCGGCUCAGUGUGCAAAGUGUGAAAAAGCGCAAAAUAAAUAUUAAAAGCAAAACGUGCGUGGAUUAGAAAGCAUAACCGAGGGAGCAGAAACCGCAACAACUACAGCUGGAACAGUUGAGGAGCUGAGCAAUUCCUCCCAAAAGACAUCGCCGCCAGCAGACGGCGUCUGGCGCCGGAACUGUCUAGCGGGAGAGGCAACAAAAAAAGCCCCAACAGCAGUAGCAACAAGAAUCCAACAACUUUGAAGCAGAUACUGAAGCGACAACAAACAGAAAUGGCCAGCAAACGCAACGGUUCGGAAGGAGGACCCCGGAGAUACUGCGGAACGGGAGGAGCCCUGCAUGCCACAUUCAAUAUGCUGGCGUUGAGCUGGAUUAUAAUCUCAGAGUUAUUGCUCAGUGCUCAUUGCCUGAAGGACCUGAAGAUAUUUGUACCGGAGGCAGUCCGCACUGGAAAUUCUGCAACAUUGUCUUGUCAAUAUGAUUUGGAACAGGCGGCGCUCUACUCCGUGCGCUGGUACUUUGGUCAGGAGGAGUUCUACCGGUACAUUCCCCGCGAGGCCAAGCCCACAUUCGUCUUCGCCGUCUCCGGCAUUAAUGUUGAUCUCAGCAAAUCGGAUGCUACAUCCGUUACACUCAAGAGUGUCACCCGGGAGCUGAGCGGCAUCUAUCAGUGCGAGGUCUCCGAGGAUGCCCCGCUUUUCCACACGGAGAUUCGAUCGGCUCACAUGCAGGUGAUUGAGCUGCCCAAAGACGAACCGGUGAUGCAAGUGGACAAAAAGGAGAUUAGUGUGAAUGACAACUUAAAAGCAGUGUGCACGGUGGGUCCAUCCUAUCCACCUGCCAAUAUCACCUGGCUAAUUAAUGGGCGAAAGAUCUACAAGACGCCGCUUCAACGCAUUUCACAUGACACCUACGAGGGCUCGACCACGUAUUCCUCCCUGGAUCUCUUACCACACAGCCAGGCACUGCAAGUCUUCUUCCAGGCGCUGCCCAAGUACCAGCACAAUAUAGUGCUCCAGUGCGAUGUGUCCAUCAUGCAAUUAUUGUACAAGAGCGUCCAUCAACCCAUUCGACUGAGCAACGCGCCGCCGACGACUAUCUCGCCGAAUCUACUGGGCCUAGAGGGAUCGAAGCGGUAUGCCAACGGCGACCCAGACAAUUCGGCACUGACCGGUGCCUCGCAGCGCUGCUGCAUCUGCUGCGGAGCUCUGGGCGCCUUCUCCUUGGCGCUGGUUACGCUGGCGGUGGCCCAGCUGUGACCGCAGCAGGCCCCGUAAGCAGAUUUUGGAAGCCGCCGCAGCAGUCACGCUGACAAUGGAGAAUCAAACCGCAGGAGGCAAUGCGCCAGAGUAAUUGAAAAAUAACAUGCAGCUGGCCGAAGAAAAAUAUGAACAUGCCGGAUAGGAUUAUUUAAUUGCGGAAUAAAAAACCAAUGCAAAAAUCAAAAAUUAAAAAAAAGAGAUGAGAGUGGAAAAAGGGGUGGGAGAAUUGGAAAGGAAAAUUAUUUAUGACGGCGGCCCUGCAGUGUCAACGCCUAGCAUUUUAUAGUUUUUAUUAUUUGCAUGGUUUGCCAAUCAAAGCAACUGGGUCGUAGUCCAUUAGUUCAAACCAAAGAUUGUUUUGCGUUAAUUAAUUUACCAAGGCUACAUACAAAAUUCGGAUAAUAAAAAAUACACUUAUAUAUAAGUCAGCCAGAGAAAUGGACACUGCUCAUUUAAACACGAUGGGACAAAGUUCAUGGGAAGGUUAAAAUAAUAAUGGUAAAAAAAAGGAGAUAGUAUAAUUUGAAUACGUAACGCGCAUAAUUGCAUGUUGUGGAUGAGGCGUGAUGUUAAAUUCUUCGUAUAAAAAAAAAAACCGAAAAAAAUUAAUAUAGAAAAAAAUAAACCAUAAACUUAAAUAAAUUCACACACGCACUUGCAAACAAACCUUGCAAACCUAAUUGCAUAAAUAAAAAACAAAAACAAUUAAUAAGCAUAAGUGACACACAUUUAAUACUAAGUACACCCUACCCUCCAAAUACCGCAGCCUAGACACAUAAGUUAUGUAAAUAAUUAUUGUAAAGAAUCUGAAAAAAUAUAUAUAAAUUAAUAAAUACUAUUAAAGUCCACACAAAGGCAGCAGCCAGCGUGCAGGCAAACAUUCAUUAAAGCAUAGAAUACAAACGAGAGGCGAGGAGAAAAAGUUAAAUGCAAACUAAUUAAGUCCUUAUGAAAAAUCAAUGGAAUCAAAAAAGUCAAAGUGGAUAUCGGCCAAAUUUAGUUUAAUUAGAUUUGUUUUAAUUUUGAUUGCGGCUUAUUUGCGGUAUCACUUUGUCCAUAUUCUGUUAAAAUUAUAAUUUCCGUCGAACGGUUAAGUGUUAGAAGCGUAAGAUUGUAUUUGUUUUAGACUAAAUUUAUAUAAAUAAAUGCAGAGUAUAUAUUUAUCUAACAAUAACUGUCAGAACGAGAGAAUUUAGUGCGUAUAUGUUAGUUGGAUGAUGUUAAGAGUAUAUUCUGCCGAAAAUAAAUCCGUACUCUCUCGCCAAAGGAGCAGAACUAUUUUUAGAUGUUCAUGAGAUACGCAAAUUGACGCAGAAAUCCUGGUUGCCAUCGAUAACGAAAAGGGCAAAAAUUUUUCAAAUAAGAAACGAAAAUUUGAAAAAUUUUCCAAAAUCAAUGUAAACCAUACAACAAAAUACUGUAAAUCACACCUUGAGAAUAAACACAAAAUUAUUUUACAGAGCUGUGGCAGAUCGAAAUAAAUUUAAAACCCAACUAAACUAAACUAAAAAAAAACUCAUAAUAAAAUGUAAAAUCAAACGUAAAUACAGGAAGACACUAAAGUAAAACAAACAAAUAAGAGCCGAGCAAAUCAGUCAUAAAAAAAAAAAAAAUAUAUAUAUAUAUUAAAUAUGCAUAAUUAUGGAUAAUUUAAUGGGAGUUAAGCAAAGCCAAAAAGGUCAAACGAAAUCAAACCACACAAAAACAACAAUGUGAGCGCCCAGUGUGCGUGGAAUUUAGCUCAAAAUUUAAUGCUAUAAUGGCAAGAAUUAUAUGACGAAAUAAAUAAAUAAUACAAAAUGUA